UACCACCGCCGCUGUCCUAGCUGACCGGAUCUUCCAGACUCUCCUGGUCUGUCUAUAUAUCUGCUGCCUGCUCGAGCGCCCGUCAUUGCGUGAAACAAACUACCAUCACCCCACCACACACACGCUCUCUCUCUCUCUCUCUGAGCCUCGUCUGUCUCACGCAGCGCCCUUCUCGCCUUCAUUGCUCGACCACCACUACUUGCGUUUCAACCGUAAGAGUUACGAGAUUACAUUUCUACUCUGGACAUACCACUGCCGGACUACGGAACAGGACUGAACACAUCACUUGAGCGAGCAUCAUCACCAUUUCCACCAUGUCGCAAUACGGCUACGAUGACCCUCGCGACGACCGUCGCUAUCGUGGACAUAGGACCAGAGAACGAGACCCUGACUACACACGCGAGGACACUUAUAUUGAGCGAGGCUCGGGAGCUCCGGUCCGCGACCUAGCCUACCGUCCCCGCGACGACGACAUUGAAGAUAUCCCCCGAAACUUUCCUCCUCCGGGCGAUCAAUACGGUCGUGGCUACCGCGACGCUCCUCGCUCCUCGCGAGGAGGCUAUGACGACGACUACUACUCUGAUCGUGGCUCGCGACGCGAGCCUCGACGCCGCUCCCACCGCGAUGAUGGCUACUACUCGGACCACGAUGACAGGCCCCGCCGUGAUCGUCGCAAGUCUAUUGGCGACCAACUCAAGGACUUUGCUGAGGGUGCAGGUCUCGGUGGCGUGCUCGGUGGUCUGGCUGGUGGCAAUCGCAGCCGCAGCCGCAGCCGUGGAGGACGUCGUGACCGUGAUCGUCGAAGCCGCUACAGCGACUCGUCUUCAGACAGAAGCCAUGGCGGACGUCGUAAGCGGUCUCAGUCUCGUGGAAAAUGGGAGCAAGCCGCCAAGGCUGCUGUCGUAGCUGGUGCUGUCGAAGCCUUUAGGUCUCGCAAGGCUCCUGGUCCGUGGACGGGCGAGAAGGGUCAGCGAAUCGCCACGGCAGCUCUUGGUGCUGCUGGCAUCGAUGGCUUCGUUGACAGAGACCCCGAUAAGAAGAGUAAGCGUCACAUUGCCGAGGCCGCACUUGGUGGGCUUGUUGCCAACCGUCUUGCAAAUGGCUCCCGCUCUCAAUCUCGCGGUGGAAGAGGCCGCUCCGAGUCUCGUUCUCGUUCUCGUUCUCGCUCCAGGUCCCGUUCCAUCUUUGGUCGUAGCCGAUCCCGCGGCCGCGACAGGUCCGAGGGCAGAAGUACCGUGCGCGACGUUGCUGGAGCUGGAGCCGUCCUUGCCGCCGGAAAGGCCAUCUACGACCGUGUCCGUUCCAAGUCCCGAUCCAGGAAAAACCGCGACAGGUCCCGGAGUGUGUCCAGUGAAGACAGCUAUGUGCCGUCCCGCGGCCGUCGGUAUGAUAAGCAACGCGAUGCAGCAAACAAUAAUAACGAACGCUCGAUGACAGGUCCAGCGGCCGGAGCCGGCGCAGUGGCUACUAGACAGGCCACCCGCGGCGACAACGGCGGCGGCGGCAGCUCGGACUCGGAAUCCACCACGGAUAUCGAGUCCAAACGCAAGAAGAUGCGAGGUAAGGAGCUGCUGACCGCCGGCUUUGCCAGUAUCGCAACCAUCCACGCCGCACACGGUGUCUACAACAGCAUGGUUGCCAGCGAAAAGCGCCGCAAGAUGGUGGCCGAGGGCGAGAUGACCGCCGAGGUUGCACGCAAGCAGAAGAGCAAGAACAUGCUGCAGGACGCGGCCGCCGUCGGCAUCGCCGCCCUCGGUAUCAAGGGAGCCUUUUCCGAGUGGAAGGAGAUGAACGAGCAUCGACACGAGUGCAAGGAGCUAGAGACGAAGCGCCGGAAGCGCAGAAAGGAAAAGGAGCGCAGAGACCGCGAGGCUCGGCACCAAGGCAUGAUGUAUCCCCAGUCCCAUCCCGCGUAUCCUCCUCCUCCAAUGGGCUACCCGCCGCCGCCGAUGGGCUAUCAAGACGGCAGUUCUGUGCCACCGCCGCCAAUCGUGAGUGGAGGCGGGAGCGCAAGAUAUUGAUUUGACUGCUUGAUUUGGUCACUGUUUUUUUCUUCUCUCUUUUUCUCUGACGGCCGGAGUUUAUUUUUUCUUUUCGGGUAAGGGUGGGAGAGGGACUGGCUUGGGAGACGUGGAAUGAUGGGCUGACGUGUACUACUCUCUGGAUGCAUUAAGAAGAUUAUCUGGUUCUUUUCGUUCUACUCCCGUGAGGCUGUCGCAUGUAAUGGGCCCACACACACACAUACAGACAUAAACGUACACAAACAAAGGCGAGCAUGUGGAUUACGCUUAAGCUCGAUGGAUGAUGGUAUGGCAAGGCAUGGCAUGGCAUGGCAUGGCAUGGCUAACGUCAAAGCAAGCAUGCGAGCGAGCAAGCAAGCAGAGAAAGGAAAGCAAAGCGUAGCCGGAGUUCUUCUUUUUUUUU